AUGCGUAUAUAUGCUGCACCAACUAUAUUACAACUUGGUCCAAAAGAGAUGAUAACUUUUUGCCCAUCAUGUCAAAGUAGAAAUAUGACCAGAAUUGUACAUGAAAGCAAUUCUAGAACUCACUUAAUUGCUGGAAUAUUGUGUCUACUGACUUGCUGCUGCUGCUGCAUCCCUUACUGCAUGGACAGUUGCAAAAGUUCUCUACAUUACUGCACUCAAUGCAAUGCGUACCUGGGCUCAUAUUCCAACUAAACUUGAUUAAAAUAACUAUAAUAUUUCAUAUAUGAGAACUAAUUAGUUUUUCCAUUUAUUGUUCAAGACACCAAAAUAUAUUAUUAUUCGAAAUAUAG